UGUGUCAAGUCUGGACUCCCCUGCCAAGACUAGCUCCAUGGAAAAGAAACUUCUCAUCAAAAGCAAAGAGCUGCAAGACUCCCAGGACAAGUGUCACAAGAUGGAGCAGGAAAUGACCCGGUUACAUCGGAGAGUGUCAGAGGUGGAGGCUGUGCUUAGUCAGAAGGAGGUGGAGCUGAAGGCCUCUGAGACUCAGAGAUCCCUCCUGGAGCAGGACCUUGCUACCUACAUCACAGAGUGCAGUAGCUUAAAGCGAAGUUUGGAGCAAGCACGGAUGGAGGUGUCCCAGGAGGACGACAAAGCACUGCAGCUUCUCCACGAUAUCAGAGAGCAGAGCCGGAAGCUCCAAGAAAUCAAAGAGCAGGAGUACCAGGCUCAAGUGGAAGAAAUGAGGUUAAUGAUGAAUCAGUUGGAAGAGGACCUGGUUUCGGCCAGAAGACGGAGUGAUCUCUAUGAAUCGGAGCUCAGAGAGUCUCGGCUGGCCGCCGAAGAGUUCAAGCGGAAAGCAACAGAAUGUCAGCAUAAAUUGAUGAAGGCUAAAGAUCAAGGGAAGCCUGAAGUGGGAGAAUAUGCCAAACUGGAGAAGAUCAAUGCUGAGCAGCAGCUCAAAAUUCAGGAGCUCCAAGAGAAGCUGGAAAAGGCUGUGAAAGCCAGCACGGAGGCCACCGAGCUGCUGCAGAACAUCCGCCAGGCGAAGGAGCGGGCCGAGCGCGAGCUGGAGAAGCUGCACAACCGCGAGGACUCUUCCGAAGGCAUCAAGAAGAAGCUGGUGGAAGCCGAGGAACGCCGCCACUCUCUGGAGAACAAGGUAAAGAGGCUAGAGACCAUGGAGCGUAGAGAAAACAGACUGAAGGAUGACAUCCAGACAAAGUCCCAACAGAUCCAGCAGAUGGCUGAUAAAAUUCUGGAACUGGAGGAGAAGCACCGAGAAGCCCAGGUCUCAGCCCAGCACCUGGAGGUGCACCUGAAACAGAAAGAACAGCACUACGAGGAAAAAAUUAAAGUGUUGGACAAUCAGAUAAAGAAAGACCUAGCCGACAAGGAGACUUUGGAGAAUCUGAUGCAGAGACACGAAGAGGAGGCCCACGAGAAAGGCAAGAUUCUCAGCGAGCAGAAGGCGAUGAUCAACGCCAUGGAUUCCAAGAUCAGAUCCCUGGAACAGAGGAUAGUGGAAUUGUCGGAAGCCAAUAAACUUGCAGCAAACAGCAGUCUCUUUACCCAGAGGAACAUGAAGGCCCAGGAAGAAAUGAUUUCAGAACUCAGGCAGCAGAAGUUUUACCUGGAGACACAGGCUGGGAAACUGGAGGCCCAGAACCGGAAGCUGGAGGAGCAGCUGGAAAAAAUCAGCCACCAAGACCAUAGCGACAAGAAUCGUCUGCUGGAGCUGGAGACUAGGCUGAGGGAGGUCAGUCUAGAGCAUGAAGAGCAGAAACUGGAGCUCAAGCGCCAGCUCACGGAGCUGCAGCUCUCUCUGCAGGAGCGCGAGUCUCAGCUGACAGCCCUGCAGGCAGCCCGGGCAGCUCUGGAGAGCCAGCUCCGCCAGGCAAAGACGGAGCUGGAAGAGACAACAGCGGAAGCAGAAGAAGAGAUCCAGGCGCUCACGGCACAUAGAGAUGAAAUCCAGCGCAAAUUUGAUGCCCUUCGUAACAGCUGUACUGUAAUCACAGACCUGGAGGAGCAGCUAAACCAGCUGACGGAGGACAACGCUGAGCUCAACAACCAAAAUUUCUACUUGUCCAAACAACUUGAUGAGGCCUCUGGCGCCAGUGACGAGAUCGUACAGCUGCGAAGCGAAGUAGACCAUCUCCGCCGCGAGAUCACGGAGAGGGAGAUGCAGCUCACCAGCCAGAAGCAAACGGUGGAGGCUCUGAAGACCACCUGCACGAUGCUGGAGGAGCAGGUUGUGGACCUGGAGGCCCUGAACGACGAGCUGCUGGAGAAGGAGCGGCAGUGGGAGGCCUGGAGGAGCGCGCUUGGGGACGAGAAGUCCCAGUUUGAGUGUCGGGUUCGAGAGCUACAGAGGAUGCUGGACACUGAGAAGCAGAGCAGGGCGAGGGCCGAUCAGCGGAUCACCGAGUCGCGCCAGGUGGUCGAGCUGGCAGUGAAGGAGCACAAGGCUGAGAUUCUGGCCCUGCAGCAGGCUCUCAAGGAACAGAAGCUGAAGGCCGAGAGUCUUUCUGACAAGCUCAAUGACCUGGAGAAGAAACACGCCAUGCUUGAAAUGAACGCCCGAAGUUUACAACAGAAGCUGGAGACGGAACGAGAGCUCAAACAAAGGCUUCUGGAAGAGCAAGCCAAGUUACAGCAGCAGAUGGACAUGCAAAAGAGUCAUAUUUUCCGUCUGACUCAAGGGCUACAAGAAGCUCUAGAUCGGGCUGAUCUGCUGAAGACAGAAAGGAGUGAUCUGGAAUAUCAGCUAGAGAACAUUCAGGUUCUCUAUUCUCAUGAAAAGGUGAAAAUGGAAGGCACUAUUUCUCAACAAACCAAACUCAUCGAUUUUCUGCAAGCCAAAAUGGACCAACCUGCUAAAAAGAAAAAGGGUUUAUUUAGUCGACGGAAAGAGGACCCUGCUUUGCCCACACAGGUUCCUCUGCAGUACAAUGAGCUGAAGGUGGCUCUGGAGAAGGAGAAAGCUCGCUGCGCGGAGCUCGAGGAAGCCCUGCAGAAGACCCGCAUCGAGCUCCGCUCCGCCCGGGAGGAAGCUGCCCACCGGAAAGCCGCAGACCACCCGCACCCGUCCACGCCGGCCACCGCCAGGCAGCAGAUCGCCAUGUCCGCCAUCGUGCGGUCGCCCGAGCACCAGCCCAGCGCCCUGAGCCUGCUCGCCCCGCCGUCCAGCCGCAGGAAAGAGUCUUCGACUCCAGAGGAAUUCAGCCGACGUCUUAAGGAGCGCAUGCACCACAACAUCCCUCACCGGUUCAAUGUAGGACUGAACAUGCGAGCCACGCAGUGCGCUGUGUGUCUGGAUACCGUGCACUUUGGGCGCCAGGCAUCCAAGUGUCUUGAAUGUCAGGUCAUGUGUCAUCCCAAGUGCUCCACGUGCUUGCCAGCUACCUGUGGGCUGCCAGCCGAAUAUGCCACGCACUUCACUGAGGCCUUCUGCCGUGACAAAAUGAACUCCCCGGGUCUCCAGACCAAGGAGCCCAGCAGCGGCUUGCACCUGGAAGGGUGGAUGAAGGUGCCCAGGAAUAACAAACGAGGACAGCAAGGCUGGGACAGGAAGUACAUCGUCCUGGAGGGCUCGAAAGUCCUCAUUUACGACAAUGAAGCCAGAGAAGCUGGACAGAGGCCGGUGGAAGAAUUUGAGCUGUGCCUUCCCGACGGGGACGUGUCUAUUCAUGGCGCCGUUGGUGCUUCUGAACUCGCAAACACAGCCAAAGCAGAUGUCCCCUACGUGCUGAAGAUGGAAUCUCACCCGCACACCACCUGCUGGCCCGGGAGAACCCUCUACUUGCUGGCUCCCAGCUUUCCCGACAAGCAGCGCUGGGUCACCGCCUUAGAGUCAGUUGUCGCAGGUGGGAGAGUGUCUAGGGAGAAGGCAGAAGCCGAUGCUGGCCCUGACUGUACCUCCUAUGAGCUUCUGCCCGCGUGGGUUCGGAAACUGCUUGGAAACUCCCUGCUGAAACUGGAAGGCGAUGAACGGCUCGACAUGAACUGCACGCUGCCCUUCAGCGACCAGGUGGUGCUGGUGGGCACCGAGGAGGGGCUGUACGCGCUGAAUGUCUUGAAGAACUCCCUCACCCACGUCCCAGGGAUCGGAGCGGUCUUCCAGAUUUACAUCAUCAAGGACCUGGAGAAGCUCCUCCUGAUCGCAGGAGAAGAGCGGGCCCUGUGUCUCGUGGACGUGAAGAAAGUGAAACAGUCCCUCGCACAGUCUCACCUUCCCGCCCAGCCGGACAUCUCACCCAACAUCUUCGAAGCCGUCAAGGGCUGCCACUUGUUUGCUGCCGGCAAGAUUGACAGCGGGCUCUGCAUCUGUGCGGCCACGCCCAACAAAGUUGUCAUUCUCCGCUACAACGAAAACCUCAGCAAGUACUGCAUUCGGAAAGAGAUCGAGACCUCGGAGCCCUGCAGCUGUGUCCACUUCACCAACUACAGUAUCCUCAUCGGAACCAAUAAAUUCUACGAGAUUGACAUGAAGCAGUACACGCUGGAGGAGUUCCUGGAUAAGAACGACCAUUCCUUGGCGCCUGCCGUGUUUGCCUCCUCUUCGCCCAGUUUCCCCGUGUCCAUCGUGCAGGUGAACGGCGCGGCGCCGCGGGAGGAGUUCCUGCUCUGCUUCCAUGAGUUUGGGGUGUUCGUGGAUUCUUACGGAAGACGCAGCCGCACAGAUGAUCUCAAGUGGAGUCGCUUACCUUUGGCCUUCGCCUACAGAGAACCUUAUCUGUUUGUGACCCACUUCAACUCACUCGAAGUAAUUGAGAUCCAGGCCCGCUCCUCUCUGGGGACCCCUGCCCGAGCGUACUUGGAAAUCCCGAACCCGCGCUACCUGGGCCCUGCAAUUUCCUCGGGGGCGAUUUACCUGGCGUCUUCGUAUCAGGAUAAAUUAAGGGUCAUCUGCUGCAAAGGAAACCUCGUGAAGGAGACCGGCACUGACCACCACCGGGGCCCGUCCACCUCCCGCAGCCCCAACAAGCGAGGCCCGCCGACGUACAACGAGCACAUCACCAAGCGCGUGGCCUCCAGCCCGGCGCCCCCCGAAGGCCCCAGCCACCCGCGAGAGCCCGGCACGCCCCACCGCUACCGCGAGGGGCGGACCGAGCUGCGCAGGGACAAGUCUCCGGGCCGCCCCCUGGAGCGGGAGAAGUCCCCCGGCCGGAUGCUCAGCACGCGCAGGGAGCGCUCCCCCGGGAGGCUGUUUGAGGACGGCAGCAGGGGCCGGCUGCCCGUGGGAGCCGUGAGGACCCCGCUGGCCCAGGUCAACAAGGUCUGGGACCAGUCUUCAGUAUAAAUCUCAGCCAGAAAACCCAACUCCUCAUCUUGACAACACCAACCGCACUAUGGAACGCUGCUGAAGGAGACCCCAGUGCCCACAGCGCAGCUGGACCCAGACCCGCCUCAGCACGGACACCCUGCGGCCAGGAGGGGCGUGGGGCUCCUGGGAGCUGCCGGCACCCUCCUGCAGUCACCCUCUUUGCACUUUGUUACUCUUUCAAAGCAUUCAUAAACUUUUGUACCUAGCUCUAGCCUGUACCAGUUCAUCACAGGAAACCAACCGGGGGCUAGCUACAACGUGGUUAGAAUCCUAAUUAAUAGCUACUUUAAUUUCCUAGGGUUGGUUGGGUUUUUGUUUUUCUGUUUUUUUUUUAAAGACAACAGACUUCUUAAUAGAUUUGAAUAGCGCCGUAUUUCCUGUUGUAGUCAUUUGUAGCCGGUCACACAAGCAGGUCUUUACUACCGACAUGUACAGGAGAAGAGCCCCUGCCAUUGGCUAUAGCCUCCCACGCUCACCUAGGUCCACUCUCCUUCCAGUCCAGCCUCACAGAUGGCCCUGUCUUACCCAGGGUGACAUCUCAGCCAAAUGUUUACCGUUCUCAUUGCCUUUUAUGGCCUUGACGACUUCCCCUCCCACCAGCUGCGAAUGUACGGGGGUCAUCGGCCUGGCUCAGAGGCAGUGACUUGGGGCCAAGGGACCACGAGGGGCUUUUCCCUCCCCGCCCCUCAGCGUCACCCACCGGCCUGCUGUCUCUCUCUGCUUUCCAUGCAGCUUUGGCCAGAAAAGCAUGCAACAGACUUGCUCUGAGCCCGGCACCGAUGGGGGGUCCAGGCGGGGGCCGGGGGCACUCGCCUCCUGUCAUGAUGGCGCGCUCUCCCCGGCUCCCCGGGCUGGGAAGAGAGCCCCAGGAGUCCUGCAUGGCGGUUCACUGCAUGCGCUGCCCCCCGACCUGGCUGCCCCCCUGGGUUGCUCUGCCGAUGCACUAGUUCCAUCCCAUAGCUCCCGCCGAACCGAGACCCUCUGGGACUUGCCAACUCACCGGCCACAAGCUGCAGUCUGUAGCACUGAACAAACAAAAACCAAACGCUCAAGCCUUACGACCAGAGAAGGAUUUCAGCAAACCACACCUCACACUUCCACACCUCCCUGCCGACGCCUGCGCAGACAACUCCGCUCACACACAAUCCACCAGGUUCUACCCCACGAAAACCGUGACUUCCCAAACGAGCCUCUCCCUAGGGCUAGACUAAGACCAGGAAGUUCGAGAAGGAAGCCGCAGUUCAACUCUCCCACCCCAGCCGGGCGGGGAAGCCCUCCUUAGGUGCCGUGCGGCUCACCCAGUUUCUCUCUCCCCUCUGGCGGUGCGAGGUUCCUGGCAACCGGUGAAGAACCAACUAGAGGCUUUGCAGUUGGCAAGCUAACUAGCGGCCUUAUUUCUGCCUUUAAUCUCCCACCAGGCCUCUCUUGCUUCUCCACACCUCAAACCACCAGGGCACAUCCUAGGUAAGCUGACAGGUAGACCUGUUCCCACCGCAGCUGGCGAACGUGACCGCGUUUUAACCCCCGUGUCCACGGUUCAGCUCACUUUCCAGAUUGCAACCUGGCCUGAGUCCCGGCUCCUUCCUGCUCGUCUCUUAACCGAAGUGCUUUCUUGUUUGAAACGCCCACGGCCCUUCCUCCACGUUGUCGCAUCCUUGGCCAGUGUCAUGCUGUCAUGUUCUCUGCGUUGCUUCGUCUUUGGGGUCACGCUGCAUCCCCUCCCUUCUCCAGGGCAGAUCUGACUGAAUGUUUGCUGAAGUUUCUGUCUCUUGGUCCACAAGUAUUUGGAGAGGUCACUGGAAAUUGGUGUUUUAGUCUUGGCAUCUCAUUUAGGAUCUCCAUGAGAAAUGGGCUUCUUAGCCCUCAAAGUGUAUAUCGUGUGUCUCAUUUGUGAAAUGCUUCCUGCUAUAGAACUAGCUCAAAGACUGUACAUAUUUACAAGAAACUUUAUAUUCGUAAAAAAAAAAAAAAAAAGGAAAUUGAAUUGGUUUCUACUUUUUUAUUGUAAAAGG